CGUGCGGCGCUGUGGCAGUUUGGGUCUGGCCCUGUGGAAUCGUAUUAUGUCGCGCGCGAAGAAUCAAAAUUGCAAGGGCUAUGGGGUGCCAAAGGGAAAAGAGCGAGAGCAGAGAGCUUCCAUCCGAUUCAAGACCACGCCCAUGAGCACUCUAAUGGACGUCCUUCGCCACCGCCCGGGAUGGGUGGAAGUAAAGGAUGAAGGGGACUGGGAUUUCUACUGGUGUGAUGUCAGCUGGCUCCGGGAGAAUUUUGACCACACCUACAUGGAGGAGCACGUGCGGAUCAGUCACUUCCGGAACCACUACGAGCUGACCCGCAAGAACUACAUGGUGAAGAACCUGAAGCGGUUCCGGAAGCAGCUGGAGCGUGAGGCAGGGAAGCUGGAGGCGGCCAAGUGUGACUUCUUCCCCAAAACCUUUGAGAUGCCGUGCGAGUACCACCUGUUUGUGGAGGAGUUCCGAAAAAGCCCAGGAAUCACCUGGAUCAUGAAGCCUGUAGCCGGGUCGCAGGGAAAGGGCAUCUUCCUCUUCCGGAGGCUGAAGGACAUCAUGGACUGGAGAAAGGGGACUGCUGGGAAGAAGCUCACCAGCUCAGAGCCCCAGCCAGCCCGGAGCACUGUCAACCCGUCUGGAGGCCAUGACACGAGAAGUUCUGAUGAGCCGAAGGAUGAAAUCCCCGUGGAGAACUACGUAGCUCAGCGCUAUAUCGAAAAUCCCUACCUGAUAGGAGGUCGCAAGUUUGACCUGCGCGUCUACGUGCUGGUGAUGUCAUACCUCCCGCUGCGGGCCUGGCUGUACCGGGAUGGCUUCGCCCGAUUCUCCAACACGCGCUUCACACUGAGCAGCAUCGAUGACCAGUAUGUUCACCUCACCAACGUCGCUGUACAAAAGACCUCUCCUGACUACCAUCCAAAGAAGGGCUGCAAGUGGAUGCUACAGCGCUUCCGCCAGUACCUGGUGUCCAAGCACGGGCCGGAGGCGGUGGAGACGCUCUUCAGCGACAUGGACAACAUCUUCAUCCGGAGCCUGCAGAGCGUGCAGAAGGUGAUCAUCAGCGACAAGCACUGCUUUGAGCUGUACGGCUAUGACAUCCUCAUAGACCAGGACCUCAAACCGUGGCUCCUAGAGGUCAACGCAUCCCCAUCGCUGACAGCCAGCAGCCAGGAGGACUAUGAGCUCAAGACCUGUCUCCUGGAAGAUACCCUGCACAUCGUGGACAUGGAGGCCAGGCUCACAGGAAGGGAGAAGCGAGUGGGAGGCUUUGACCUCAUGUGGAAUGAUGGCCCUGUCAGCAGCGAAGACGGCGCCCCUGACCCGUCGGGCCUGGGGAAUUUUGUGGCCAACACACACCUCGGAGACCCCGGGCAGCUCCUGCUACAACUCUCCCUGCUGCAGGACACUUCUUUUGGUUGCAAAGAGCAGAACUUGACUGCCUAG